ACGGUGCAGGAUCUGGUUUUUAUCUGGAAUAUGACCGACCCGCUGGUGGUGAAUCCGGAGAUUGAGCUGCCGCAACUGGACAUCAGUAACAACUACACCACGGACUGUACGAUCGAGUAUUCGACCGGGAACUUCACCUGCCUGGCGGUGGUGUUCAACCUGCGCCGGCGGUUGGGUUACCAUCUGUUCCACACGUACAUACCGUCCGCGCUGAUCGUCGUCAUGUCGUGGAUAUCGUUCUGGAUCAAACCGGAAGCCAUUCCGGCCCGCGUUACGCUCGGUGUAACGUCACUGCUGACGUUAGCUACCCAAAACACGCAAUCACAACAAUCGCUACCACCGGUUUCCUACGUGAAGGCCAUCGACGUCUGGAUGUCGUCCUGUUCGGUGUUCGUCUUUCUGUCGCUCAUGGAAUUCGCGGUGGUUAACAACUAUAUGGGCCCGGUUGCGACCAAGGCGAUGAAGGGUUACUCGGACGAGGACCUGUCGGAGGCGAUCGACUUCAACAAUAAGAACGGUUUCAACAAAACGCAUCGAUCGUCCGAUAUACCGCAGUACGAUACGUUCUGCCACGGCCGGGAGACGGCCCUGUGCAUCGACAAGUUUUCGCGCUUUUUCUUUCCGUUUUCAUUUUUCAUACUGAACGUCACCUACUGGACGACCUUUUUGUAG